AGAACGUACUCUGAGAGAUAAAAAGAGCUUAACCUCGAUCAUUCGAAUUUCGGUCCACUCUAAUGCCCAAACUGGCGUCGACUGUCCAAGACCUCGUUGCCAUUUGCCCGAAUCAGACCCAUCUUUUCUUCCCGAAAGGAGAAUUUUUCAAUCUGGAGUUCCAAGAUCAGAGAAUCUGGUUUUACGCUUUAAUUGAGUGAAGACAGCUCCAAGUUCAUCCAUGGAGAGGACGGAGCGUCAACGUCCAAAUCAUCCUCCCAAUCGUUCCUUUGCACCAUCUGAAUCUUCCGGAUCUUCCACCUCCACUUCACGCAGAAAUUAUUCCAAUCGCAGUAGAAACUCCGACUACAAUUAUGCCAAGUAUAAUAAUACCAACAGUAAUCGCAACUUUGAGCAUGACUCUUCUGACUGGCGUGGCAAAAGAAGUAGCGCUGGUAAAAUGUAUAUACAGAAGCUUGAGACCAAGGAUGAUUCUGACAGUUCUCACUUCGAUCUUCCGCCGGUAAUUGUCGGCACUUGUCCCUUCAUGUGCCCUGAGGCAGAAAGAGCACAACGUGAAAGGUUGCGAGAUUUGGCUAUAUUUGAAAGGUUACAUGGAAAUCCUGGAAAAACGUCUCCAGGUCUGGCCGUCAAAAAGUUCUGCAGAACAAUGUCCGCCAAGAAUGACCAAGCAUUAGAUGUGCGGCCUCUACCUGUACUGGAGAAUACGUUGAAAUAUGUUCUAAGCUUUUUGGAUUCUAAAGAGCACCCUUUUGAAGUGAUUCAUGACUUUGUAUUUGAUAGAACAAGGUCUAUAAGGCAAGACCUCAGCAUACAGAAUAUUGUAAAUGAGAAGGCCGUCAACAUGUAUGAAGAAAUGGUUAGAUUCCAUACCAUAUCGCAUCAGAAGCUUUUAAAUGGUGAUAGUAGUUCAAAUGCUUCCUCAAUGCACCACCUCAAUAUGCAGCAGCUCUCAAAGACUUUGAUAACACUGCUGAAUCUUUAUGAAGUUAACAGAAGCAAUGGUGCUAUAUUUGAAAAUGAAGCCGAGUUCCAUUCAUUCUAUGUGCUGCUUCAUCUGGGUUCUAAUAGCCAAACAACUGGGGAAUCACUGACUCUGUGGUUUCGUACUUUACGUUCUCCUGUGAUCAAGUCGAAGGAAAUGUGUUUUGCUCGGAGAAUUUUAAGAUAUUUUCGGAUGUGUAAUUAUAAAGGUUUCCUUUGUACCAUAGGAGCUGAGGCUUCCAACCUUCAAUAUUGCAUACUUGAACCUUACGUUAACGAGGUUCGAGCUUUAGCUUUGUCUUUUAUAAACAACGGUGGUUACAAGCUUAAUCCCUACCCCUUGGUGGAUCUAUCCAUGCUUUUAAUGAUGGAGGAAUCAGAGGUGGAAUCAUUUUGCCAAGCUUGUGGUCUUGCAACAUGUGGAGAUGAAUUAGGAAACAAGUCACUUCCUACCAAGCAAACAACUUUUUCUAGUCCCAAAGGAGUGUUUCAAAGAUACAACUUUCUAAAGAAGAUAUAAUAUCAGCGUGAUUCUCUAUAACAACAACCCAAUGACUCCUCAUUUUCUAGGGUUUAAUUUCUGCACGAAUUUUCUCUCUUCUCUUGUUGUACUAUACUGUACAGUAGGGAUCUGGAAAAGUUGUAUUUUGGACCAUUUCUCGAUUUGUAUUGUGUCAUCGUUGCACACGAGUCAUGCUAAUCUUCUAUAUAUCAUUCUACUUUGAUCAAAUAAAGUUGUAUUAUCCUAUAACUUAAAUUAUAGCUUUGUGGGGAUCAUGAGAACUACGUAGCAUCUUUAUAAAUUAACAAAUUGUAUCAUAUCACUAUUUUUUUA